CGGAGUCUAUAAAGGACCCUGCGAGCUCGCGCUACGCUCAGUCAUCUCUCUCUUUUUUAUUUAAAAAAACAAAAAACGUGUUUUGGAGGCGGAGUUCUAUUCGUGGUGUGACCGAGCAGGACCGCGUGAUGGAUUUUUCCAGGAAACGUAAGCGGAGUCGCUGGAAUGAUGAAACGCCCGACCAGAAAACCAUUAUCCCAGGGAUGCCUACAGUUAUUCCACCAGGGCUCAGCCGUGAGCAGGAAAGAGCUUAUAUAGUUCAACUGCAAAUUGAGGAUCUGACUCGCAAGCUUCGCACGGGAGACCUGGGCAUCCCCCCUAACCCAGAAGACAGGUCUCCAUCUCCAGAACCCAUAUACAACAGCGAGGGUAAACGUCUUAACACACGGGAAUUCAGGACGCGCAAGAAACUGGAAGAGGAGCGCCAUAACCUAAUAACAGAAAUGGUGGGAUUGAAUCCAGACUUCAAGCCACCUGCUGACUACAAACCACCAGCUACUCGUGUCAGCGAUAAGGUCAUGAUACCGCAAGACGAGUACCCAGAGAUUAACUUUGUUGGUUUACUUAUUGGACCGAGAGGAAACACACUAAAGAAUAUUGAGAAAGAAUGUAAUGCAAAAAUUAUGAUCAGAGGCAAAGGCUCAGUGAAGGAGGGAAAGGUGGGUCGGAAGGAUGGGCAAAUGCUUCCUGGUGAAGAUGAGCCACUACAUGCCUUGGUAACAGCCAAUACCAUGGAAAAUGUCAAGAAAGCAGUAGACCAGAUCCGUAAUAUCCUGAAACAAGGUAUAGAGACACCUGAAGAUCAGAAUGACUUGCGUAAAAUGCAGCUUCGUGAAUUGGCGAGACUCAAUGGAACGUUAAGAGAGGAUGAUAACAGAAUCCUGCGUCCAUGGCAGAGCACCGAAACGCGAAGUAUCACCAACAACACCCUGUGCACAAAAUGUGGAGGUGCGGGGCACAUUGCAUCCGACUGCAAGUUUAACAGUGUUCCUGUACGUCCGGGAGAACCACAAUCUGCGCAGGACAAAGCAAGGAUGGAUAAAGAAUACCUGUCACUAAUGGCCGAAUUAGGAGAGGCCCCUGUCCCAACAUCCAUGGGACCAACCAGUACUCAAUCCCAUAAUUCCAUGCAAGGAGCACCACGGCCCACUGGGAUGACAGGAAGCCAACCUCUUAUGAACAGACCUCCAUGGAUGGCCUCAGAUCGACCGUACCCAUCAAUCCAUGGAGCCCCUCACUCUUUCCCUCAUCCCAUGGGUGCUGCCGGGAAUGGUCCUCCUCUCCAGCACAAUCACAAUCCACAACACCAUUGGAUGCAGCCUCACCCUGGAACUCAUCAUCCUAGUCCUCAUAUGGGUCUCUUGCACUCUCACCCUAUGGGUCUGAUGCCGCCACCUCCACCACCACCUCCAAGUGGUCCUGCACCACCACCUCCACCAUCUGCUCCCUCCUUACCUCCAUGGCAGCAACAGCAGGCCACAGGUGCACCACAACCAGGUGGUCACCUUCCUUGGCAGCAGAGCUCGGCAGCGACAGGCUCUGGUUCGGCUUCUCUCCCUCCAUGGCAGCAACAGCAAGGCAUAGGCACAACUUCAUCCAGCACCUCCAUGCAGACAACAGUUUCCCUUGUGCCACCACCCCCUGGAGUCCAACCCCCAUUGCCUCCUAGUGCUCCACCACCACCUCCUCCGCCUCCUCCUGGAACAUCUGGCCUACUUUAUGCCCCUCCACCACCACCACCACCCCCCCUUGACCAUUCUAACUUCGUCACUAUGAUGGGCAUGGGUGUUCCAGGAAUACCUCCAUUCUCAAUGCCACCUGCCCCGCCACCACCACCACCCCAAAACUGAAGAUAAUCAUCCAUCCAAUUUAAUGUCAGUUAUGCACUUGAUUUCAAAAUGUAUGUAUUAAGUCAUUUCUGUAAUGAAGGACUCUACCUCCUUCCUGUCUUGGAACUGAUGAUAGCAGUGUUUAUCCACCCUUCUGAUGUGGUUCUCCUAUUUUUUUUUAAAUACAUCUACAUCUUACAAAUUUCAUUGAAUUAA